AGCACUGAAGCAGGCAGGAUGGCCGCGAGUUGUUGGAGAGGACGACUUGACUCCGUUUUUGACUACAAGACACCAAAAUUCAUAGUGGCCAAAAACAAAAAAGUUGGAAUUUUGUACAGACUCAUCCAGUUAUCUAUCAUCGGUUAUCUGAUAGGGUGGGUUUUUUUACGCAAGAAAGGCUACCAGGAGACAGACGAGGCCAUCCAGAGCUCGGUCAUCACGAAACUGAAGGGCGUCUCAGUGACCAACACCACAGAGUCAGGUGUGUUGGUGUGGGGGCCGGAGGACUACGUCAUCCCACCACAGGGUGAAGACGCUCUAUUUGUUGUAACCAAUUUCUUUGAGACGCCCAAUCAGAAGCUAGGAUACUGUGCUGAGAGCCCCAAAGUGCUGCAGGGCCUCUGUCAGCAAGACAAUGAUUGUCAAGAGGGACGUGAAGUGGUGGCUGGUCAUGGAGUCAAGAGUGGUCGAUGCUUAUCCAGGGGUGAAAACUCUACUGGCACGUGUGAAAUCUUUGGCUGGUGUCCUGUGGAGAGACCGUUUAAACCACAGUCUCUGCUGACAAACGUAGAGAACUUUACUAUCUACAUCAAGAAUUUCAUAGUGUUUCCUAAAUUCACAUUUUCAAAGUCUAACAUUCUGGACACAACGGACCAGUCUUAUUUGAAGAAAUGCAGAUAUGAUGAGAAGCUGCACCCCUACUGCCCCAUCUUUCGCUUGGGAGAUCUCACCUUGAGAGCUGCGUACAACUUCAGUGACAUGGCAACAUUUGGGGGCUCGAUUGGCAUCCAUAUUAAGUGGGACUGUGACCUGGACAAAGGUUACUCCAGCUGUCACCCACAGUACCACUUCACCCGCCAGGACAUCAGCACGUCCAACAAUGCGAUCGCAGUGGGAUUCAACUUCAGGCAUGCUCGCUAUUAUAAAAAUGCAGCAGGGGAGAGUUACCGAUCUCUAUUCAAAGUCUACGGCGUGCGAUUCAACAUCAUGGUGAAUGGGAGGGCUGGAAUGUUCAGCAUUGUGCCCACAGCCAUCAAUGUCGGUUCAGGUUUAGCUUUAAUGGGUGCAGGAGUAUUCCUUUGUGACAUGAUCCUUCUCUACCUCAUGAAGAAUGGCACGGCCUAUCGGCAGAGGAAGUUUGAAGGACAGUUGGCGAGUGAAGAUGUCAACACUACAAAUGUAACAAUAUCAAAAUCUCAUGAUACGAUAUUGUCAGGGUAUUAAGGCCACAGUAUGAUAUUAUUGUGGUAUUGUCCAAAAUAAAAAGACU